CUAGUCAUCAGGCUAGAACUAGUCACUCACCGGGAGUGUGGUGUUUGUAAGCGGCUAGUCAAGCAAGCAAGCUCAGCAAGGGAGCACGAAACAGUGCUUAUUUAGCUACGAAGUAAUGGCAGCAGUUAUUGUACUGAUUCACCUCAUUUAUUUUCUGUAAUUCUAGACUCUGUGACCGUAGACUCGCCUCGCACACGGAACAUUUUCACGUCUCGAGGACCUCUCACAGUUUGUUUGCAGCGCAUGGAGUACCUGAAUCGAUUCCCACCAAACUGUCUGAUCAGCUAUGACUAGCUCCUGACUGGAUCCUGCUGGAUCUCAGACCAGUUCCUCCUACUGCAGUUGGAGAUCAUAUCAUUCCACUCUCCCCAAAAAGGAUUUACUCCGUGCCUCUUCACCCUUUCAUCACCCCGGUCACCACCACUCACUCACUGACCGACUACCUUCAGUUUACCAUGACGAUGUCCCUGCCCCUGAUUUGAUUGACUGCUCAAUUGGCCAAUAGCAGCAGGCAGAUCAGCUAGAAUAUAACCCCUCCUCCUCCCCUCUAUGAUAUGAAGGACUGUAGUGCUAGUAGCUGGAACGAUGGUCACAACAACAGCAGCAACAACCACAAUCACCACGACAACAACCACCCCGCUGGAGUUCUAAUCAUGGCCGCCUCUGGAGGAGAGCUGGAUAAAGCCACGGUGGUCGGCGUCGGCGGAGGGGGUCGUGGGGGUCAACAGGGGAGGUGCUCGCCUGCGGCGGCGGCGGCCCACCCGCCUGCUUCCAAAUUGGGCCACAGGCGCAGUCACAGCUGGGCCCCCGUGCCUGUGCCUGGAAGUCCCACGACGUCGCCGCCCUGCUGUCCACAGCAGCGUAAUGCAGCAGCCGGAGGAAGUAAACACAGGAGGAAGGGGUCGCUGGUGUCUCCCAUAAGCCCCCCUGCUGGGCUGUUGGGGUGCUACCUCUGCAGGCCGAGGCAGUCUCCGCUGGCUAAUACUAAUAAUAAUAAUACACCCGACGAACGCACGGAUGUGCACAGUCCACAACAACAGAGACGUUCUAGCGCCACCUCUGGUGAGGAGGUGGAAUCGCCUCUCGAUGUGGGGCAAAGAAGAAGAAGGACGAGUAAUGACUCGGAGCGGUCCGUCUCUCCAGCGGGGAGUCCCACCAUGUACCGGCCGUCACCGCGGCCUCCUCUGCUCCUCGGCAGGUAUCAACAAGAGUCCGGGGACUCGUCGCCCGAAUGUGCCCGCCACCACGCGCACGACGCGUCUGCGUCUGGGCUGAGCGGCUCGGCCAACUCCCUGUGCCGCCUGCUGGGCAGUGAAUCAGACGGACGUCCAGAGGAAGACGAGGAUGAGGAGGAAGGGGGGAGGAAAGGGGUCAUGGCCGCCGCCGCCGGUGGUGGUGGUGGUGGUGGGCGACUGGGCCUGAGGAGAAGCAGCCUGCCCGUGGCCGUGCUCCAACGGUCCCUGCGCCGCCCCGCGCUGUUCAACCUGGAGAGCAAGACCAACGUGCGCUGCGGCCACUGCCUGAAGAACGGCUACUCCAGCAGCCUGGAACGCCUGGACCGGCGCCGACCGCGACCCAAGUGCCUGGUGAAGGCCCAGAGCUCGUCCCUGAUUGGAGGAGCCCGCAGUGGGGGGGUGGAGGAUGGUGGCGGGGGUGUCGCGACGUCGUCGUCGGCGUCACUGUCGCUGUCGGACAGCGAGUUUGUGCGGCAGAAGCGCGAACGAUCGACGGUGCUGGUGCGGAGGUACCAGAAGAACAACCAGAGCGUGCGGCGCAUGGUGUGCCCCGGCGCCCGCGCCGUCGAGAGGAUGCUGCUCGCGGGUCACAUGUCCAAGAUGGCGUGCGAUGCCGUUGCUUGUGAACGCGCUUGCAAAAGCAGCAACAGCAGCAGCAGCAGAAGCAGCACCAGCACCAGCAGAGGGAAGAGGUUCUGGAACCUUCUGGAAUGUUCUUCUGCAGAAUGUUCUUCUGCGGAACGUGAGGCGGUUCUGCUGCACAUUCAUCUGCAGGUGUCCGAGGCGAUUCUCAGCUAUGUGGGGCGCAGGUUCUCAAAGCUCAUCAAUUGUGCUCUGAUCCCGGACGAGCCCCCAACUUUUCUCACGUCGGCACGGCUGCUGCAGUGGCCCUGGGCUGAUGUGUGGUGGUGUCGAGGCCCGGAGGAUCCAUCCGGCGGCGUCCAGAUCCAGUUCCGCGCCUGCCUGAGCCGCACCCGCCUCUACACCAACGUCUGCGGAACGCUGCUGGAGGCAGCCGCGGCACUCGGAACGCGGAGCGGCACGCCGUCGGCCGGCGCGUCGGGAAUACCGGGAAUGCCAGUCACCUCUUUGGGUCACACCAUGGCCAAGGAGCGGCAGCUGUGUGCCCAGAGCGUGGCGGGCAUCAGCAAGGAGCUGGCGGAGCUGCGCCACCUGGUGGCGUUCCCGGAGGAGGUGGCGAGCGUGCUGACGGAGCAGGAGCGCCGCCUCUACCGCCGCGUCUUCCCGCUCGACUACCUCUGCCUGCUCACGCGCCAGCUGGGCAGCCCCGAGUGCCCGCCCCGCCACGGCCACCUGCACGGGCACCACCACGGACAUCACGGGCACAGCAGCAUACACCCGCACCUGCGGGCAUCCCUCUCCGCGCCCGCCAUGCCAGCCAGGGGGAGUGAUGGUGAUGGCGGUGAUGGCGGUGGUGAUGGUGGUGGGACGACGACGGGGGAUGGGCAACAGAGGAGUGCCUUGGAGGACCUGGUGACGCGCUUCAAUGAGGUGAGUUCCUGGGUCACGUGGCUGAUCCUGACGGCCGGCUCCAUGGAGGAGAAGCGCGAGGUGUUUUCCUACAUGGUCCACAUCGCCAACUGCUGUUGGAACAUCGGCAACUACAACGCUGUGAUGGAGUUCCUGGCUGGACUCAGGUCGCGCAAGGUGCUGAAGAUGUGGCAGUUCAUGGACCAGUCGGACAUCGAGAGCAUGCGGCGCUUGAAGGACUCAAUGGCGCAGCAUGAGUCCUCGUCGGAGUACCGCAAGGCUGUGCACCGGGCCCUGCACAUCCCCGGCUGCAAGGUGGUGCCCUUCUGCGGCGUCUUCCUCAAGGAACUCAGCGACGCCCUCGACGGAGCCGCCAGCCUCAUUGGCCUGAGGCAGUCACUCGACCCCAAGGAGGACGCUGUGGAGUUCGUGUCGGACUUCAGUGGUCAGCCCAACUUCCUGCAGCGCGUGGGUCCCGACGGCCUGCACAGCGCGGAGAAGGAGGCCACCGUCAGCAACAUCCUGCAGACCAUCCGCAGCUGCCACCGGAGCCUGGAGAGCGAGGAGAUGAACACGGCCAUGAACUCCGCGCCGGCCCACCUCAACGCCGCCGCUGCUGUUGACCCCAACGACCCCUCAGGGGGGGGCGCCGCCACCGGAGACGGACAAGACUCGCGACGCAACUCCCUUAAGGAACGCGCUAGAAACCCCUUCUCCAUCGGUGGCGACUCCUCAGAUGCUGAAGUGGAAUGUCAGGACCAGGUCAACAACAGCAGCGUCCCAGGCGACCGCACCUCCAACACCCAGGAAGUCGACAAAGACAACGAUGACUGUAGCAACGGUGUUGCCGCCGAGACCCCCGGUUCUUCCCCCUCUUCCUUGUCCUCCUCCUCGGAAGACACCCGCGGCCCGUUCGGCCACGGCACGGAGCUGAUCCCCUGGUACGUGCUGUCGGUGCGGGCGGAGGUGCACCAGUUCCUGCUGCGCGGCGCCACCGUCAUCCACUACGAGCAGGAGAGCCGCCUCAGCGCCCGCUGUUCGCUACGCCUGCUGCCCGACAACGGCACCCUCGUCUGGGGGAGGCCACGCAGCGGCAGCCCCUUCCCUGGAGCUAAGGGCUCUGACCCCCUCCAGGCCCCUGGGGGCAGUAGCGGCCCCAGCGGAGGAGGUGGUGGUGGCGGCGGCAGUAGCAGCAUGCCAGGACCAGGCCAGGGGCUGGGGCUGACGGAGGGGGUGCUAGACCUGGCCACGGUCAAGGCGGUGUUUAGGGGACACCCGGGGGCCGACGUGGCCGCAGCCUGCCUGCAGAACAAGCUGUGCGGAGGACUGGGAGGAGGAGGAGGAGGAGGAGGAGGAGGAAGUAACGGCGACGCCUGUGGAAGAGGUGGCGAGCACGCGGUGUCUUUGCUGCACGGUCACGGAACCACAGAUAACCGUCUGCUGCAUCUGGUGGCGCCGGGCCACACGGCUCGCAUGCUGUACGAGGGGCUCCAGGCGCUGGCCGCCGCCGCCCGGAGGAUGAGGCGCUUCCCCGACCAGAGGCUGCAGUGGCUACGCAGGCAGUACAUCAGCCUGUACCAGGAGGAUGGCCGUUGUGAGGGCCCCACGUUGGCUCAAGCCAUUGAGCUGUUCGGGGGGCGCCGGUGGAACGCCGGGGGGAGUGGCGGAACCCUCGGGAGGGGCGGAGACAAGGCGGGGUCUCAGAGAGGAAGCCCACUCGGACUCAGCACUGCCAAGCAGAAGAAGAAGAAACCCCUAGUCAGAGGCGACAGUGGUGAGGGUACUGAUGAUGAGAUGGUAACCAGGAAGUCGCGUAGCUGCAAGGAGGCGCUGGGCAGGCGGGAGUCAGACCCAUGUGACGCACACGACUCUGAAGAAACAGCAGCCGGGCCGACCCGACCGCACUCUUCUCCCAUCCUGCCUUGCAACACCAAGGGGCAGUUGAGUGCGUGGAGUAGCAGGUCGUGGCAUGGCCGGGCCAAAGACUGCUUCAAGGGGUUCCAGAACAUCAUGAGUUCCGACACCACCAUGAGCUUUGUGGAGUUUGUGGAACUCUUCAAGUCUUUCAGCAUCCGCAGCCGUAAGGACCUGAAGGAGCUGUUUGACACCUACGCCGUCCCCUGCACCCUCUCCGACACCAACCCACCCCCUGUCUUCCAGAACCCCAAAGUCGACGACAAGGUCACGGGACUGCAGCCAGACCUAGACCUCCUGACGCGCAACGGCUCCGACAUGGGCCUCUUCAUCCGCUCCCGGCAACCGUUGCCCGACAACCAGAAGCUGAUCUCGGACGCCAUCGCGGCGGCCAGCAUCGUGAGCAACGGCACAGGGGUGGAGAACGCGUCUCUGGGCGUGCUCGGGCUGUCCGUCACGCAGCUCAGCGACUUCCUGGUCAACUGUCAAGGGGAACACCUCGACUACGAUCAGCUGCUGGGACUCAUACAGAAAUUUGAGCCUUCAGCCAGCAUGCGUCAGAUGGGAUGGAUGUCAUUCGAAGGCUUUGCCAGGUUCCUGAUGGACAAGGAGAACUUUGCGUCUCGUCAGGAGGAGUCGCAGGUGAGCGCGGAGGAGCUGCAGUACCCGCUGUCCUACUACUACAUCGAGUCCUCACACAACACCUACCUCACCGGACACCAGCUGAAGGGGGAGUCCUCCGUGGAGCUCUACUCUCAGGUGUUGCUGCAGGGGUGUCGCAGUGUAGAGCUGGACUGCUGGGAUGGAGACGACGGGCUGCCAGUCAUAUACCACGGACACACACUCACCACCAAGAUACCAUUCAAGGACGUGGUGGAGGCAGUGAACCGGACGGCAUUUGUGAACUCUGAGAUGCCGGUGAUCCUGUCCAUCGAAAACCACUGCUCUCUACCUCAGCAGCGCAAGAUGGCCGAAAUCUUCAAGACGGUGUUUGGGGAGAAGCUGGUGACGCGCUUCCUGUUCGAGAGCGACUUCUCGGACGACCCCCUGCUGCCGUCUCCAUGGCAACUGAAGGGCAAGAUCCUGCUGAAGAACAAGAAGCUGAAGGCUCACCAGGCGCCUGUGGACAUCCUCAAGCAGAAGGCCCAUCAGUUGGCCCACAUGCAGGCGUGCCAGGCCAGCAGCAACGGCCCCUGCAGCAGCAGCCCCAGCGGGAGCACCUCGAGUGGGGGGAGCGGAGGAGGAGGAGGAGGAGGUGGAGGAGGAGGAGGAGGAGGCAGCAGUCCUCUGGGUACCACCCCCGAGGAAGAGGAGGAGGAGGAAGACGACUACGACUAUGACUACGAGUCCCUCUCCGAUGACAACAUCCUGGAUGAUAAGUCAGAGGGCCGUGCGUCAGGAGAGAAGCAGCCGAGUAGCGAAACAGCUGAGGAGACCAGAGAGAAGAGGAGCAAGAAAGCAGACAGUGGAACCAGCAAGGGGAAGGUGUAUGAUCUGGAGUUGGGUGAGGAGUUCUACCUGCCGCAGAACAAGAAGGAGAGCCGACAGAUCGCACAGGAGCUCUCUGACCUCAUCAUAUACUGCCAAGCCGUCAAGUUCCCUGGCCUGCCGUCUCUGUCUCCCGUGGGCUCCAGUCGGGGGAAGGAGAGGAAGACCAGGAAGUCCAUAUUUGGCACCCAGGUGCGGUUUAACCCUGCGGGCGACGCCCCUAAUCCACGACCACCAGGGAGAGGCACUUGUGAGGGCAGCUGUCGCUCCAAUGGCAGUUGUUCCGAGGACCCCUCUCAGCCCACUCCACCUCAUCAGGGCCAGAACAACACCACCACCAGCACCACCAGCUCCUCCUCCAGCCCUACCACCACAGGGGCUGGUAGUGGAGGCAGUGGUUCCCCAGGGCCCUCCACCUCCACCGCCCCCCUCUCUGCACCGCAACUCAGCUGCCCCCCCGGUGGAACACCACCACAGCCCGUGUGCGUGUCCGCCGCCCCUCCUCUGCCCGUGUCCACCAUGUUGCCGGCGGCGGCCUCUCUGAGCUCCAUCAUCCGCACGCCGCGCUGCUACCACAUCUCCUCCGUCAACGAGAACGCGGCCAAGCGUCUGUGUCGCCGCCACUCGCGCGCCCUGCUGCAGCACACCGCCUGCCAGCUGCUCAGGACGUACCCGGCCGCCACGCGCAUCGACUCGGCCAACCCCAACCCCUUACCCUUCUGGCUACACGGCAUGCAGCUGGUGGCCCUCAACUACCAGACCGAUGACCUGCCGAUGCAGUUGAACUCUGCUCUGUUUGAGGCUAAUGGUCACUGUGGCUACGUGCUGAAGCCCCCGGUGCUGUGGGAACGCAGCUGCCCCCUCUACCAGAACAUCAGCCCUCUGGAGAGGGACACAGAGGGGAUACUGCCCACCACAUACACCAUCACGGUGGUGUCGGGUCAGAACGUGUGUCCGGGCAACUCGGCGGGCAGCCCGUGCGUGGAGCUGGAGGUUCUGGGGGCGCCGGCCGACUGCUGCCACGUGCGCACCAAGCCCAUCCACCGCAACCCCCUGAACCCCAUGUGGAGCGAGAGCCUGACGCUGGCCGUGCACUGCCCAGACCUGGCCUUCCUCCGGCUGGCCGUGGUGGAGCACAACAGCUCGCAGGUCACCGCACAGAGAAUACUGCCCCUCACCGCACUCAAGACAGGCUACCGCCACGUGCCUCUGAGGAACCAGCACAACGAGCCUCUGGAGGUCUCCAGUCUCUUCAUCUGCACCCGGCGAGUGGAGGAGAGCCCGUCCCCGGCCGCACUACCGGGCCUCACCACAGGGGCCGCUUUGUUCAGUACUGAGGAGAGGCGUGCAGCUGUGCAGUACAGAGUUACGGUGCACGGAGCCCCGGGAGAGAAGGCCUUUACUGUGGCCCUCAUCAGGGAACACACCACCGCAACACAGCUCAUACGCACGGUGAGCACACACACACAGGACGCGGACCCCAGCGCCGGUUACUUCCUGUCGGAGGAGCGGGUCCCCGUGCCGGCGGCCAGGGAGAAGAGCAGUGGCAGACUGGCGCGCUGGCGCCCUCUAGCAGGCGAGGAGGAGGUGGUGCGGCUCAUGGCCAGCUGGCCUCCAGAGGAGGGAGUCAUAGCACGGCUGUGGCUCAGGACACACGAAGAGGAACUGAAUGAUAAGAACGGAGAGCUGGAGGGCUGGCAGGAAGUGCGGAGCGAGGGAGAGGAAGACGUGUUCUUCGUCCAGGUGCACGAGGUCUCACCUGAGCAGCCCCACACCGUCAUCAAGGCUCCCCGCCAGAGCACCGCCAACGACAUCAUACGACAGGCCCUAAGCAAGGCCAAGUACUCGUUCAGCAUCUUGAGCAACCCCAACCCCAGUGACUACGUGCUCCUGGAAGAGCUGGGCAGGGAAACAUCUUCAUCCUCCUCCUCCUCCUCGGGGGGCAAGAGGGCGGCGGGGGCCAAGGGCAGCCAGCGUGUGCUGCAGGAUACGGAGUGUGUGUACCUCACCCAGAGCCAGUGGAGAGGGGCCGGCAGGUUCAUACUCAAGCUCAAAGAACAUGUGGUGCGUGAGGACAAGCGCAAGGGCCUGUCGUUUGCCAACGAGUUUCGUAAGCUAACGGGCCGCAGCAAGAGCUUGGCCCAGGAGAGCAGUAGCAGCAGCAGCAGCAGCAGCAGCAGCGCCCCCACCAGUAAGGAAGACCGAACUGCAGGCACAGUCAGCUGGGCCGAGCUCUCCGAAUAAAAACGAGAGCCUUUACCCCACACCACCACCACCAUGACCACGACUCCAUAUGCCUGCCCUCCAUCUGUUUGUGUGUGUGUUAAGACGUGCGUGCGUGUGGAUGGAUUUUUGUGUGUGCCCCGUGUGUGUUUUUAACGGCAUGCACGAGCACCCAGCACCAGUCAGGCCGCCACUCCACUGCAAGGUGUGCUUCCUGAGAGACUGAGGGAGUGGCUAACCGCAGCAGGUUGGAUGACUGGCGGCUUCAUCACCACACCACCAGCCAAUCACAGGCUCUGUAGUACGCCAGGCCCCUCCCCCAGGGCCCUGGGUCCACUGCUCUGGAACUGGAAACAGCACAAAUGAACACCGCCCCUCCUCUCCAUCUUUUCCUGUUGGCCAAUCACGCUGUCUUCUCUUUAGCUCACGUCAGCCAAUGGCAGUGAGCCAUGUUGAUGAUGCUGAUGAGAUCUUUCCAGAGAUGAGCGUUGAGAUCGAUCCUCCAUUAGCCGCCCUGAGCGGCUGAUGUCGUUUUGGAGACGAAAGAGUUGCAUUGUGGGACGCGACUAGCCGAUGAACGCUACAGUUGGCGAUUGUCCGUCCUCGUUGCCAACUACGUCCGAGGAACAGAUGUCUAUGGAGGUCAGAGGUCGAGGCGAUUGAGAAGUGGUGGUGGUGGCGUCCAUGUGAUCACCCACCUUACCUUUACAGCAGGAAUGUUCCCGGCCCUCUCACAGGGCUAAUGGUCAUGAAUAAGAUGGCUGUCUGGGAUUUCUUGAUUUAUUUCCUGUGUUGUACUGUACUGUACUGUACUCUUAAGUCCUGCACUGCCACACUGCGGUGUGAGUUGGACACUAGUUCUAGCUCACCCCACCUGCUUGAAGUUUCUGAGAGGGUCCACUGAUAUCGUCACAUCACUUGACACCAACGACCUUUCACAAGGAGUGUUGUAGCCACGUUCAAUGUCUCAAGGGGCGUGUUUCAAGUCAGAAAUUCACUGUGAUUGGUGUCGGACAGAAUAAUUUAUAUCUACUGACAAGCAUUCUGAUUGGUCACACUGUGCGUCAAACAAACAUUGUCUAAAGGUGAACUGUGGCUGAAGAGGCUCAUCAGGACUGUGUGGGCCAGAUGCGGCCCAGUGCUGGCCCAAGUACGGUGUGUCUAAUUCCCCAAUGCCACCCAAUGCUUUGUAGAUGGUGUAACUGACUUUAUGUUCUUACUGAUCAGUGGUGUAUGGACCUUUAUUUAAGGGAAAGUUUAUUUAUUUGUAUUUUAUUUUAUUUGAAAAGGUGCAUUCAGGAGCAUUUGGUCCCCAUGGAAUGUACUGUAGGUGAAGGAUGAAAGUAUUUAGAAGAUGAGAGGAGAGGAGAGGAGGGGGAGGACAUGGUUUGAGGUCAAGUGUUUUGCUGGCACUGGUGGUGAGUGGUCUUUGGCAUCCACAAUGAAGGGGUGGUACAAAGAACUACGUAUUUAGCCUUUAUCCAGUGCUGCAUAUGAGUAAUUUUAUCAUUGAUUGAUUACAAUUUAUUAAGUUUUAAAACUAUGCUAUUGGCACCUUUGAACACAGCAUGGAAAUGUUAAAAUAUUCAUUUUUUUAAAAUUAAAUUUAACUAAAUUGAUUAUUUGUUUUUCAUCAGUUAAGAGAAGAAAAUAAGUUAUUGUUGCUGCCAAAUUUUAACAUUGUUUUGGCUAAGGUAGUUGAAUGUUAUUUUAAUUACUUCAGUGUAAAAUGGUAGCACAGAAAUGCUGACAGUGAGUUGAAGUAAUAAGCAACAGGAAAGCAGUUUAAUAGUUGGAGUGGCAAGAUGUAUUUAAGUGGGUCCAAUGGAAGUGAACAGAGAUAUGGUCAAGUCAAACUGAAAGGUUUAAGCCUAAAUUAUGUCUGUUGUUCUAAUUUAAAUUAUUGCCAUGGGAUAGAUAUUUUGCAUGGCACGUUGUCUAAGUGUCUAGGUUUGUUUCCUCCUGUUUUGUACAUUCUACAUGUGUACUUUUAGUUUGUGUGUGUGUGUGUACUGUAUAUAUAUUUGUAUGUGUGUUUAUCAAUGUAAUUUUAUAAUCAACAAGCAAGUGAUCAGAUCUUAACUCUGUA